UCACAUGACAAAAUGGCUGAUUCAAAAUCAACUGAGGUGGAUGCGAUAUAUUAUGAUGUUUCCCCGUAUAUUAUUAUACUUCUUCGAAUGUUCAACUUCAUUGUACUCUUGAUGGCAGUGGUGUCCUUAGUGAUAUGUAUUGUGCAAGGAAAAGAAAACAACACAUACUACUUACUAGCUGCAAAUACGGGAAUCAGUGGCAUAGUCUGCCUCGUUGUGAACUGGUGGUACAAGUCAGGUGAUCUAGGACCUGAGAAGUAUUGGUACAUAUUCCUCGUGGGUACUGUAAUACUAUUCCAGUGCAUUACGACAGACAUUUUUGUUUAUCGCGUGUUACCCCCUCCAGAACCAACUAACGCCCCCUACCAUCCAAGUGUCAGACCCAGAAAUUUCACUAUUAACUGGUUCAGUCUUCUAGAAGCAUCUACCAAACCGCACUUUGGUCUCGACGAUAUAACUACAGCGCCCUCUAGAUAGAUUGUUCCAGAACCAGGCUUGAAAAAAGAAUGCCAAACAACUAAAUUCAAUUUUUAUUUGUAUAUUGUAUAUGGAUCUAAAACAAGUUGCCUUUUCAAAUAUUUUGUGUUUUGUUAAUGGUAAGAAAUGACUCUUUCGUAUAUGUAUUGGCGGAUUUUAUCUAGUAUGCUUGGUGAGUUUAUUUAUGUGACUGGCACUGUUGUUAAAGGUAACGCGGAGACUGGUUAAACUACACAAAAGAUAUGUUUCUUGAAUUUACUUUGAUAGUGUGACACAUUUAUAGAUCACGUGUCAUACUGUGGGUGUUUUCUAAAAGUGACGCAUUUCAUUUUUGCGCCUCCGUUUAUUCUUCGUUAUUUUCCGCUACUAGUGUUGGUUAUUUUAAUCAUUCCAAGUCGAUGAUCUGUAAAAAAAAGAAGAAAAAAUCAACGAUGUGAUAUGAUAAUUGUGCUUGUUUCCUAAUUAUACUUGCUUGUAUUUAUAUAUUUUUUGUUUGUUUUUCAAUCAGAAUCGACUUAGAUAUAUGAAUAUCAAAAAGUAAUUCCUUGUCGACCUGGAUCUGUUUUGUUUUAUUUUGCAAAUAUAUUUUUAUGAAGUGACGUUCAUAACGAGGUAAAACACUUUCAUAACAUUUUAUCCAAAUCAUAUGCAUGCCCAAAGGUGGUAUGACCUAUGACAAAAGACACUUCUGUAGAAAGAAUAUCUUACAUUGUUACUGUUUAAUCACAAUUGAAGCAUGUAACAAUAAAGGGGCGGUGCUAGGCCCCAAUCAGG